AUGGCACUGGUUAUCUGCAAUCUCUCACGAAGUACCGAGGGUGCAGAUCCCGCUAGUAGUAAUAUCAAGGCUAAGAAGGUCGAGGCAGAUAUCAACGAGGGAGGCAUGACCCCGACACAAGGGCCCCCAAAGAGGAAGAAUAGGUCUGAGAAGGAGAAUCAGCAAGAUCCAAACGAGGAAAGCAUGGCUGCAAACCACCAGGGCUAA